AUGGCCUCAAUCGACAUGCUCAGCGCCUUGCCGGACGAAAUCCUGUCUCACAUCCUCUCUUUUCUCUCCUUCAAAACCUCCGUCUCCACCAGCACCCUCGCCGCAAGAUGGAGGCGUCUAUGGGCCUAUGCCCCUAACAUACAAUUCACCGAAGAUUCCGUCCCGUGUUCAAUUUCCGAACGCACGAAUUUUUUACGCAAGCUGACAAAUAUUGUGUCCCAGUGUGAAUCGCACGGCGUGAACACACUUCGAUUUAAUAUGUUUUAUUUCGACGAGCAUGAAGUUGAGGCGUGUCUCGAGAGCGCCUUUGCGCGCAACGUGAAAAUUGUCGAUCUUACUUUUCCGUAUUACAUCCAUAGUAUGUCCCCUUGCAUCUUCACAUCUAAGACCCUAGUUGACCUGAGGAUAAAACAUUUGCAUAUUGAGAUGAAUGAGGGAGCCGUGUGUUUGCCGGCCCUUAAGAGGCUUCGUCUCGAUUACGUUCGGCUUGGUUGCUCCCUCGAAAGCCUGAUUUCUGGUUGUCCUGUGCUCGAAGAUUUGACUCUUGGUAACUGUCUGCUUAAUGACGGCGAAAAUGGGGAAUGCCAUUGCAUAUCUUCUCCCAUUAUGAAGAGGUUGGUUCUCCAUUGUUUCUUACCUUCCACUUCCAGAUUGAAGAUGGAUACUCCCGCGCUUGAAUAUCUUGAGUUACGUUUUAUUAAGCCCUAUAAUCUCUCGGUUGGGCCUAUGGCCUCCUUGAUUGAAGUACAUAUUGUUGUUUGUUGCUUCUAUCCGAUUGAGAAUGACAAUCUUUAUUCUCGUUCUCUGGUGGAACUCGUUGGUAGGUUCUCUAAUGUAAAAGCUAUGAAAUUAACAAUUCCAGAGAAGAAGAUGGGAGAAACCCUCCAUUCGCCUAUGGCUAAUUCAAUCAUGAAGCUUGACAAUUUAACAAAACUCGAAGUAGAAGUCGAUUGGUGGUUUCUCGCAUAUUUCCUAGAGAAGGCUGACAAACUUAAAGUCCUUAUCAUCCGUAAUGUUUAUCAUAAGGAUAACAGAUUACCCUGGUUGUCAGCGCCUCUCCAAGUACCCCUCCAAGUGCCUAAUUGCAUGUCAUCACAUCUUAAAAUAGUACAAAUUCAUGAGUUGGAUGGUACAGAUGAGCAUGAACUUGACAUGGUUAGAUAUCUCUUGAAGAAUGCUAAAGUCCUCGAGAGGAUGGAACUACACUGGUGCGAGGAGAUGGAACGACACUGUAUAGCAGAAUUGAUUGGGAGGAUUUCAUCAUUUGAUCGAGGAUCUGAGAUGUGUGAGAUUGUCUUCAACGAAUAUCUGGAAUUGGGCAAGCUAACACUCGACGGCUGA